AUGGAAGAGGCAGGGGUUUUGGAUGUUGGCUUUUCAGGAGCUAGUUUCACAUGGUCUAAUAAUCGGAGAGGUAGAGCUCGGGUUUCAAAGAGAUUGGAUAGAUUUUUAAUUAAUGGGUCUUGUUUGGAUCUCUCAGACGUGAUUUCUGUACUCCAUUUGCCAAGACAUCCCUCGGAUCAUGCACCAUUGAAAAUUACUUUUUCUGAUCGAUCAGACAAUAGUCCACGACCUUUCAGAUUUUUGAAUGUCUGGACAAGCAAACCAGAACUAUUGGAUGUGAUUCGACAGGCUUGGAAUCAAGAUGUGAGUAGAUCUCCGCUACGUGUUUUGUGCUCUAAAUUAUUGGCAAUGAGGAGGGCUAUUCAUACAUGGAACAAGCAACAUUUUGGGAAUAUAUUUGAUGUUGUAUGUUCUGCGGAAGUGGUGGUCAAACAAGCAGAAGAAUCGAUGGAUCAAUAUGCAUCGGAGGAACUUCAGGUUGAGCUCAGUAAGGCUCAGGCAGAGUUGCGGAAUGCAUUGUUAAUAGAAGAGCAAUUUUGGAGCCAAAAAGCCAGGGCAAAAUGGCUUAAACAGGGAGAUCGCAAUUCAAAGUAUUUCCAUGCGGUUGUAAGACAGAUACGGAUUAAAGGAAUAAUACACCGAAUCAAAUUAGCAUGGACAAAAGACAUGAUGAUUGGAGAAGAACGGAAUUUGGGUGGACACCAAUGCUGA